AUGUCACUGGUUCAGCACGUGUCUGCUCUCGAGGGCAUAGAUCGUGAACCAGAACCAGAUGUCGGCGAAGAUGUCUUAUCGAUUCGUCGAAAGAUCAGCUACGAUGUGUUGCAGCCACCUAGCUUGCCUUUUCCUGAUGCCGAGGCAGUGCCAGGAAUACCAGCUUAUAAAAGCUCUACCUUUAGGAGAAUAGCUCAGGUUGUCUUUACAAUUUUCGCGUGUUGGGUCGCGUCAGGGAUUGUUUUCGGAUUUGCCGCGCUAAAACCUGUCCUUAUCGAAGAUGGUGUUUAUCACGAUGAAAGUGGAUGUACCGAGGAUGAACUGCGUGAUGGUGUGGAAUUAUGCAAACAGCAAGAUCUAAGGUUGAAUUUUUUCUUCACUAUCGCAUCAAUCACGGCAAAUGUCUCCGCACUACCCGUUGGCACAAUUUUAGACCGUUAUGGGUCCCGCGUGUGCGGCAUCAUUGGGUCCUUCUUGCUAGCCGUAGGUAGUCUACUCAUGGUCUAUUCAUUCGCGCACCCCGUGUUUGAUGGUCUGGUCGCAGGCAAUUUUUUUCUAGCUCUAAGCGGGACGUUUAUCUUUGUGCCAUCAUUUCAAAUCGCCAAUGCUUUCCCUCGGUAUGCAGGAUCAAUCGUCGCACUAGUAACAGGUGCAUUCGAUGCUUCAGCUGCUGUCUUUUUAUUCUACCGAGCGCUUUAUGAGAAGUCUGGAAGAAACUUCACGCCUGAUCAGUUCUUCUUGGGAUAUUUGACUGUUCCCGCGGUUAUAUUCAUUGGCCUGGUAACGUUUAUGCCAAGCGUUGAUUAUGUUCCGACAUCUACUCUUGAAGUCAAAAUAGAACGUGCAGAAGAUCCAAUGCAGGAUGUGCAUGACUCUGAUGAGGAAAUUGAGAGCGACCGAGAGCUUCAGCGGGUUCGUCGCCGCCGCGCUGAACGGCGUAAGCAGAAGGCCCGGAAGAUUUACAAGGUGCUCGGUAGUAAGGAUGAGAUACAGUCUCGUGCGGAGAAAGAAGAGGAUCGUCAGAUUGUUAGUCAGGUCUGGGGUGUGCUACAUGGUUUACCGGCACAUAAGCAGAUGGCUACCCCGUGGUUCAUUCUGAUAACUCUGAUGACGGUUUUACAAAUGGUUCGAAUGAACUACUUCAUUGCGACUAUCAACUCGCAGUAUGAAUAUAUGCUCGGCUCGUCCGAUGCAGCAAAACAAAUCAAUGACUUCUUCGACGUUGCGCUUCCCGUUGGCGGUGUUCUCUUCACCCCAUUUAUUGGAUAUCUGCUCGAUCGGCUGAGCGUCCCUGCAAUGCUGGGAUUAAUCGUGGCAUUCACGACAAUAAUCGGAGUGUUGAAUUCCAUCCCUACGCUAUGGGCAGGGUAUCUAACAGUCGUGCUUUUCGUUCUUCUGCGUCCAUUAUACUAUUCUGCGAUGUCUGAUUACGCUACUAAAGUGUUUGGCUUUGCAACCUUCGGUCGCGUCUACGGCACCAUCAUCUGUCUUUCUGGUUUAUUCAAUUUCUCACAGUAUGAACUCGAUGCACUGACGCACCAUACCUUUCAUGAAAAUCCGAUUCCGAUCAAUGCCUCUUUGGCUGUGGCGGGAUUCAUUGUUGGAUUAGCUCUUGUGGGCUUUGUCACUAUAUCAGGUCGCCGAUUGAAGGCGCAAGCGGAUAGGGAGGACGAUGAACGAGAGCCAUUGUUGGAGGAGGAUGAGGAGGAGGGUUAUGAUAGUGAUGGAUAUGCGUCGCCUUAUGGUCGUUAA